AUAUUUCUGUACUUCUGACUCUUUUCUCAUCGUUUUCUUCUCUCUGAAUUCUGAUCUAGAGAGCGAGAAAACAAGGAAAGAUUUAGACUUUACGUGAGGAGGGAAAUGGGUGCGUCGGAUUCGAUUCGGAAGAUGGGUUUUUUGUUGCAUUUUUUUGUUGCAUCAGCGGUGAUUGUGUCGUCGAGGGAGCAGCUGAGUUCAAGAGAAUGUGAGAAUCUUGGAUUCACGGGUCUGGCACUGUGCUCCGACUGCAACACUUUCGCUGAGUAUGUCAAGGAUCAAGAGUUGGUGUCUGACUGCUUGAAAUGUUGCACGGAGGACUCUGAUGAUUCCAUGAGCAAGAUUACUUAUUCUGGAGCAGUGCUGGAGGUCUGUAUGAGGAAACUGGUUUUCUAUCCAGAAAUUGUUGGUUUCAUUGAAGACGAGAAGGACAAGUUCCCAAGCGUUAAAAUUCAGUAUGCUUACAACUCCCCACCAAAGUUGAUCAUGCUGGAUGAUGAGGGCCAACAGAAGGAAACUUUAAGAAUUGACAAUUGGAAACGUGAACACAUCCUGCAAUUCUUACGAGAGAAAGUUAAACUUGCUUCAGCAAGCUCGUAGAAUGAUUUGUUACCGUCUACCUUAAUUAUUAUGGCUUGCUAUUCCUUGUUCAGGGGAGAAAUUUCACAACUGAUUGAUUGUACAUGAGGGAACAUAUUGCACAUCUAUAAUUUACCAAUGGAAAGUUUUUGAGUGCAUUUUUGGUGGUAUUCUGCAGUGGACUAUAAUGUUGUAUGAAACAUCUUGAUGCUUAGAUUUCUAUGAUAUUUCCUACCAAAGGUGAUAACUGCUUCUGUAUAUUCCGAAUGGAAUGAACAUCUCAUUUCCUUUGUUUGAUCAGCAAUGAACAUCUCGUUUCUAG